CAUCUCGCUCCCACCUGCAAUUGCAACUGUAAGCCGCUGUGUAGUGAGAUUUCACGCUCAUAUCAGUUGGGGCACUUGUUGCGUGCGAAAACAUUCCGGCCUACAAAUUACAUCACCCAAGUGGCGGCGAAAAUAAUGUCACCGCACAGACAUCCUGGUUGGGCAUGGGGCUACCUCCUGCUUACCCUGGCACUGGGAUUCGCAUCCACCCACGGCUGGACGGCCCACUUUCGUCCAGCUGCGCUCACGUUGCAGAUGGAGCGCGGGGAUCGGGUGCAGCUGAAGCUGGAGAAUGUGGCACCGUCCACGCUGCAGCAGCCGGGGCGUUACCACUUUCGCCUGGAAAGUGUGGACACGAAUCUGGCCAGUGUGCCAGGGGAGAAUGCCACGAUAUCGCUGGAAGUGUUCAGCACGGAAACACGCGACUGGACGGGUGACAUCGUGGUUAAUGCCCAUUUUCUGGGACAGACCAAGAUUCAAGUGAAGCUGUACGAUGGCCAGCAAAACACGAGUGAACUGCCCACCAAUUGGAGCAACGACAGCACGCUGGACGUGAAGAUCAAGCGGCCGAAACAUUUGGCGGAUGACAUAUUCCUAGGCACCAUCAUACUGUUGAUGUCGCUGCUGUACAUUAGCUUUGGAGCCGCCCUGAAUCUGGACGUGCUGAGGGGUCUGAUCACCCGGCCAACCGCUCCGUCGAUCGGAUUCAUUAUGCAGGUGGUGGGCAUGCCCCUGCUCAGCUACGCCCUCGGCGUGUUCAUCUUCCCCCAGGCGCCGGCCAUGCAGCUGGGUCUCUUCUUCACUGGCAUCUCGCCCAGCGGCGGAGCAUCGAACACUUGGUCCGCCGUUCUCGGCGGGAAUAUACACCUGUCGGUGCUGAUGACCACCAUUUCCAAUGUGGCCGCCUUCGCCACCAUUCCGUUGUGGACCAUCACACUCGGCCAACUGAUCUUCGAGCGCGCGGGCAUAAAGGUGCCUUACGGCAAGAUUGCCUCCUACAGCAGCAGCCUGAUCAUUCCGCUCCUGCUCGGACUGCUCGUCCAGAAGAGAAUGCCCCAAAUCGCCAGGGUGCUGGUGCGCCUGCUCAAGCCCAUCUCCGCCUUCAUCAUCCUGUUCAUCAUCGUAUUCGCGAUCAUCAACAACUUUUACCUCUUCCAUUUGUUCUCCUGGCAGAUCGUCGUCGCUGGCAUGGCUCUGCCGGGUCUGGGCUACAUCUUCGCCUUCCUGGCAGCCAAGCUGCUGCACCAAAAUUCAGCCGACGCCCUGACCAUCGCCAUUGAGACGGGCAUCCAGAACACGGGCAUCGCGAUCUUCCUGCUCACGACCACGCUGGAAUCGCCGGAGGCGGACAUCACCACGGUGGUGCCGGUAUCGGUGGCCGUGAUGACGCCGCUACCCCUGCUGGGCAUCUACCUGUACAAACGGUGCUCGGGAGACAAGCGAAUCAGUGAAGCCUCCGCCUCCGAAGCGGAGCGGAUCGCUGGGUCAAUACAUUAACAUUACUAAAGCAUAGCAUGGCAUGGCUAUAGCACAUCGUUUUUUGUACAUAUUCGUUAUUUGGAUAACUUAUACAUCGUAGUAGCAUGUAGACAAGGCUGAGAUGUCGGUUAAAUUUAAUUUGGGACCAAGGUAUGCCGCAAAUCUCAAGCGUAUUAUACUCCAGAAUUUUCUACACCUAAGUCGCACCCAAACUUGUUGGGAUAAUCAUUUUACAAUAAAAUGAAUUUAUUCAUUUUUGCAAA